AUGGCAGUUUCGCAGUCAGUGCAGCCGAGAGGCUCGUAUGCUAGUCUUCUACAGGCUCUGAGACCGACUGAAGCGCAACCUCGGGAGCAUAAGCGCAGAAAACUCGGCCAUCCAAAUACCGAAGAUGUAGCGGAGAAGGGCUCCGUUGUGGAGGAGGGCUCGUCGACGGUGGCGGAGGAGAGCCUAGAUGGCGAUUCCAAGGAGGAUGCGGAAGGGCUCGAUGCCGAGGAUGAGGAUGUUGCGGAUGUCGACGAGCAAAGCGAUGAUGAGGAGUUAGCGGACCCUUUCCAGCAACAUCUCGCCUUGCCCACUACCAGUGAAAUUCAAGCCCAAGUCGACAGAGCUCGUGAUUCAAAAGCCACGCCUACCUCAAAGACUGUUUAUGGCGAUUUGAGAAGGACAUGGAUGCCUCUGGGAGACGAUCCGGACCCGACAUUUGCUCUUCGCAAGGUUGCAGACAUGCACCUCAAGAACCGUCUGACCACCCAGGCGCCUCAACUUCUUAACCGGUUGUCUCCGACGGAGCGGGAUAUUGGACGCUCCAUCUUCUCGUAUUCCGACGUCCUUCUUGGCAACAGAACCGUUGGUAAUAUCUCGAAUCUGCGGGACAUCUGUGCGCUUCACAGCCUCAAUCACAUCCUCAAAACCCGAGACCGAGUGCUUCGAAACACGGCCAAACUAGCACAAAACGAUGACGGAGAACUCGAACUUCGAGAUCAAGGGUUCACUCGACCCAAGGUUCUGGUCGUCCUACCAACCAAGCAGAGUUGUGUCCGAUUCGUUGAUUCCAUUGUUAAGUACAGCGAAACAGGACAACAGGAGAACAAAGCACGAUUUCUAGAAACAUUCUCACGCGAGGAUACGGAAGAGUGGCUCGAAAAACCAGAAGAUUUCCGUGAACUGUUUGGCGGCAACCACGAAGAGGAUUUCCGUAUUGGCCUCAAGUUCACUCGGAAAAGUGUCAAGUACUUCUCCGGUUUCUACAACUCAGACAUCAUCAUCUGCUCACCUCUGGGCCUUUUCCGGACCAUCAGCUCCGGUGCAAGCAAAGAUGGCAAGAAGGCGCCCGAUGCCGAUUUCCUUUCGUCGAUUGAGAUCAUGAUCAUCGACCACGCAAGUUCUCUCCAGAUGCAAAAUUGGCAACAUGUCGACUUCAUUCUUGAUCACCUGAACGCCUUGCCAAAAGAAUCGCAUGGCUGCGACUUCUCUAGAGUAAGAUCAUGGUAUCUCGACGACAAAGCCAAGUACCUUCGACAGACCAUUAUCCUCUCGUCGUAUCUGACACCUGAGAUCAACCGACUCGCCGCUAAGCAUCUCCACAAUAUAGCAGGCAGGGUCAAGUAUACGCCAACAUACAACGGUGUCAUGGCGGAUGUCCCCAAUAUGCUACCCAUCCCCGUCAGCCAGACAUUUGUUCGCUUCGAUUCGCGAGUGCCUGUCCAGGAUAGCGAUGCUCGCUUCAGAUACUUCUGCGCCAGUGUCCUGCCGCAAUUGGCCCGCGACAAACAUAGCAAGGGCAUCUUGGUAUUCGUCCCAACCUACGCCGACUUUACGCGUCUACGAAAUCACCUCACCAAUUCCUCUGACAGCACAUCUGUGCCUUUCGGAAGCGUCUCGGAGUACACCUCGGUCAAGGAUACCACGAGGGCACGGUCUCACUUCCUCAGUGGUCGAAACAGAGUGCUUCUGUAUACCGAAAGAGCCCAUCAUCAUUUCCGUUACCGUCUGAAAGGUGUGCGGAGGGUGAUCUUCUACGGUCUGCCGGAAAAUCCGGUCUUUUGGUCCGAGCUUGUUGGUUUAUUAGGCAUCAACAGGGACUUGAUAGAGGGCGAGGUUGCAGGAGGCAGGGGCCUGGUACGCGCAAUGUUCUCUAAGUGGGAUGCCUUGAAGCUGGAGAGAGUGGUCGGCACAGAACGUGUUGGCAGGAUGGUAUCAGAACGGAGCGGAGACACUUUCGAUUUUGUCUAG